AUGCCUCUCUUCUCCCGCAACCCCUCCGUGCCUAUCUUCUACCUCGACCAGGGGCCCAAGGAGAACCCGCCCGCGACGGUCCUCCUCGUCCCGGGCCUCUCCUGCGACAUGCACGACUGGUCCUGGCAGGUCCCCUUCCUCCUCGCCCACAACCUCCGCGUCAUCUCCAUCGACCCCCGCGGACAGGGCCGCUCCGCCGCCCCGCCUCCAACAUCCCCGCACCGCCAACCACCCGGCUCCUGGCCCGGCCCCGACGGCUCCGCGGACCCGGCCGUCGUCGAUUACUACCCGCAGUCCACGGCCCUCGACGCGAUCGCCCUGCUGGCGCACCUCAACGUCACAAAGGACCUCGUCGUGAUGUCCCACUCCCUCGGCGACGCGGCGGGCUACUUCAUCGCUACGGCGCUCCCCGGCACCGUCGUCGCGUGCGUGGGCCUCGACCCGAUCCACGCGUACCCUCGCUCCCCGCACGACAGCAUGUUCUUUGACUCACCGAAAAACAUCGUGCCCAUGCUCGUGGACCACUUCGACAAGACCAUGUACUCGCCCGCGUGCCCGGCGUGGCAGCGCACGUGGCACCUGCGCCGGAUGCAGCAGCUCGACGACGAUGUGGCGUUCGGGCUGUGCUGGGGCGGCUGGGGCGACGCGGGCGACUCGCCGGGGCGCCGCGAGGCGAGCGUCGCGGCGAACGCUGGCCGGCUGAAGUGUCCGCGGCUGACGGUCGGCAGCGUGGACUGGUACGUCGAGACGGACCGGACGCACAUGCCCAAGGGCGACGAGGCGCUGGACGAGAUCGUGCUGAUGGAGGGUUGGGGGCACUGGUUUCAUCAGCUCAAGAGCGAGGAGUUUAAUGCGACGCUGGAGGCUUGGUUGGAGAAGAUUGGUGUGUUGCAGAAGGUGAAGAGUGCCGCGUAA